AGAGACAAAGACUGACGAGAACGAUAAGGCAAGGAGCAGAGGAAAACAUGAAGGCAGAAGAGGUCGUGUUUAAAGAAAAUCAGUUUUAUCUCAUAACACAAGUCAUUUCAUCAACAAGUUGUCAUAUUCUGAUACAGUCAGAAUCCAGAGGGCUGGUCUGAAUAUGACACUAAUGUCCAGGGAUUCCCCAAAUGAUGAUAGUCACCAACAUCGACAGAGCCUGUGCUGAAACUGAGAAGGAUGUGAAGAACGUGUACAAGAGCAAGCAUCUGAAGAAGAAGAUGUUAGAAUUUCACAGAAGAGUGGGAAUCCCAGUGAACUGCAUCUUUCCUGUGAAGAACUACAGUAAAGAGCUCGACCUGGAUCCUGACGUGGACGCUCUGAUCCUGAGCGCUCUGAGAAAAAUGCUCGACUUUGGAGACGACUUCAUUGACAAACACUUUUAGGUGGUUUCACCUGUUGACAGUUUGCUUUGAUGGUUAAUGUCUGUAUCUGAUGAAGACUGGGAGUCCCUUGGUAAUGGAUGUGUGUUUGUGUGUAUAUGUACAUAUAUAACAAAGUAGUACUGGCUACACCUGCACUACAUGAAAAGGUGCAAUGAGAUAACUUCUGUUGUGAACUGGAGCUAAAUAAAAAUAAUAUAUAUAUAUAUAUAUAAACACACGCACACAUCCAGGUUCCUACAGCUGUCAGGAUUUUCCAUGCUUCUCAGCAGAUCUUCUGACCUUUGACCUCUGAGUACAAAUACCUAUAAAACCGUUGCUUUUAUGAUCAAUA